AUGGAGACUGGAAUCAGUUCAUCAACAGCUAGACGCCAGACGGGCGCGCUGGCAGCGUGUGAAAAAUGUCGCAUCCUCAAGGUGAAAUGUGUCCGCCAUGAAGAAGGACGGCCGUGCCUGAAAUGCGCCAAGGCACAGACCCAAUGUAUUAUUCCACUACCCAGGAAGCGGACGCGCCAAGGACAGCGUUCACAACCACGACUGGCUGAGCUGGACUCCAAGCUGACGCAUCUCCUUGGUCUGCUCUCACAAUCGAAAGGAUCGCCAAGUCCCCACGGGAGUCAAUCCGCCAGCGGCUGUGAACCGUCAGCGAGCACUGACCGCGUGGAAUCUCAGCCGAGCCAAAGCCAAACACCAGCGGGAUGGAUUGACCAUGAGCCCCUACCGGAUCUGGAUUUGGAUCUGACUGGGAUAUUGGAUACCGAAUAUAGUCCAGAUACCGUGUCAACGCCUCUCAACAAUAUAGACAAUGCGUGGAUUGCGAACCUGGGCCUUAGCGAUGUUGUCCUCCAGCACCUCCUCGACAUCUUCCGGGGGAUGGACUACUAUUUCCCAUUCGUUAUAAUUCCUACUAGCUGGACGCCCGCUUCAAUGGCUGAGGAUAGACCGUUUUUAUUGCUUGCAGCGGUCACAAGCGCUGCGUCAAGGUAUCAUUACCUGCAGCAAGCGCUCAUUGACGAGUUAAAAGAAGUUCUUAGUCGUCGGGUCAUUAUGGCCGGUGAGAAGGAUUUAGAUCUUCUUCAGGGUCUACUUGUUCAUCUUGCUUGGUUCCAUUUCUGCUUGGAUCCUCGGAGCCAACAAACCUUCCAAUAUUCGCAAAUGCUAAUUAGCAUGGUUUAUGAUCUCGGUCUGGAUCAGAAUACUCCCAGUAUGAUUGCUCAAAAAUCUCAGCCGGGAGACCUACAUAGUCAGGAAGCCCAACGUGCCUACUUGGGGUGCUUUUAUAUCUCUAGCGUCAUCGCAAUAGCUACAGGGAAACCAAACAACCUUGUUUUCUCUGAACAAGUCCUUCCGUGUGCUACCAUGCUGCAAGGAGAGCAAGAGUUCGUUACCGAUGUGUUGCUAUACCCGGUGAUCAAACUGCAGCAGUUUAUCCAAGAAGUCUACGAGACUUACCGGCUAGGGAACGACCAAAUCCACGGCUUUCGGUUCUAUACGCACACCGAGCGACUGGCGACGCGCUUAGAAGAGUUGUGGGCUUCUUUGACAACAGAGCUUCGCCAUGCUGCUCUUCUGAGGAACGGGUAUCACGCAGCCAAAAUUCUGAUCUACGAGAUGGGCAUUGUCUAUCGGUAUGGGCAGAGAGGACCGACUUCCCCGGGCCUUGCAAACUCAACUUCGCUUCAGUCUUCACAGGUCACCCUCAACCUGACGAAAUGUGCUAUCGCUGCCAAGGAAUAUCUUGAUCUGUUCAUUGCGAUGCCAACGGAUGAGUACAACAAGUUGCCUCUUGCAACAUGGUACCAGGCAAUCCUCUCAACAAUGGUUCUCUACAGGCUAUGUAUCGGAGUCUCGGAUAUUCCUGAUUGGAACGGGGAUAUCGCACAGGAAACCGUUAAUCUGGAACAACACCUUGACGCGUUGAAAGGUCGUCUACAGUUGGUCGAUGGAAAACCGGCGACAGAGUCCCAGUGUGCCCCUGCAAAUUAUCUCUUUACGAUGUUUCCCGAGAUCCUGGAAAGCGUAAAGACUUCUUAUACAUCAGCAAAGCGGCGCUGCAGUGACACCAGCAACGGCAGCGACCCGCAUCGCAGCUUAGUUGGGCAUCCCGCGAAAUGCAUGCCGUCCUCUGCUCGAGGCCCGUACCGAUGUCCUGGAAUGCGGAACCUACGUAGGGACUUUCUCACGGAGUCUAUGGAGCAGUCUGAACGGCGCGGCUAUAUUGCUGCAGAACUUGAGAAGAUCGAAAAUGAGAAACUCUGGGGCGAUGUUCUGGUGGCAGACGCACUGGCUAAUCUACCCAAUCCGUGGUCCACCUCUGAGACCAUACAUUCCAGGCAGAGUAUCGAGCGAGACAGCCUCACUCAGGAAAGACAUGCGUGGACAGCUUAUUUCCAGCCGAGUCAUACCGCUGCGGAAACACAGUAA